CUCAAAAAAAAAAAAAAAAAAAAAAAAAAAAAAAAAGGAAAAGACAAAAAAAAUAAACAGAGGUUUUACAUAAGAGAGAUAGAUAGAUACAAAAGAUUUGCUGCUGAGGGCGCCAUAGCUUUUUGGACAGGGCAAGAACAUUGAAUUUGAAAACCCCAGCAGCAGAAGAUAUCAAGGAGUAAGAAAAAAUGGAAGAAGAUGGUUCUAGGUCAAUGCCAUCUACUCAAGAGCAGGAAGCAACGCUUAAGAAAAAGUAUGGAGGAAUUGUACCUAAGAAACCACCACUCAUCUCCAAGGAUCAUGAGAGGGCAUACUUUGAUUCGGCCGAUUGGGCUCUUGGGAAGCAAGGCGUAGAAAAGCCUAAAGGGCCUCUUGAGGCACUUCGGCCUAAGCUGCAGCCUACUCAGCAACAAACACGGUACCGUAAAUCUCCUUGUGCUCCAACAGAUGGUGAAGAUGGAGAAAAUGCUGCUUCUGAGGAACCAGCUUCUACUUAAAUGAGAACACACUGCAGCUUUUCUAUAUUGAUCAUUGUUACUCGAUCUCUUUAAGAUAAAAUGUAAUGCUCUGUUGUUUUUACUUAGAAUAAGACUUCACAAUUGACUGAACUGCACUGCACAAUUAUGUGCUGAUGCUUCAAUCGUAAUUUCUCUUAGUUCCAUGGUUAUUUUUCUGAUGUGGAACAUUCUUAUAUGCAGUAGAGUAAUUACACUAUUCCUGGACUAAUCUAGUUAUUAUUGAAUUGAGUCAUUGAGAGCUUUA